AUGGCAGCCCAGCUGGCUGUAGACGUCUUCGAAGAGGAGCGCAGGCGCUUGGAGCUGGCGGCCGUGGAGCUGAGACAGAGCCUGGCUGAAAAGGACGUGCAGUUGACCGAAAGAUCUUCGGAAGCAGCACUGGAAGAAGCCAAAGUCCUUCAAGUCCGGUAUGCCUCAGAGAUGAAAGAAAGAAAGCAGAAGGCAGAUGAACUGCAGCAGCGGCUGCAGAGCCUCGGAGCAAGCGUUCAGCUACAGGCUGAGGAGAUGAAAGGAGUGGAGGAAGAGUUGCUGGAAGCAGAGGAGUAUCAGAGCGACUGUCUGCGCAGACAGGUCGAACGCCAGGAGUUGCAAAGUCGCUCUGAGAAGAUCCAGGCAGAAAAUGGCCGACUUGUAAACCGCUUGCGCUCGGAGAUCCGGCUUGCGGACAGCAGGACAUCGGAGUUGCAGCUCGAGCUUCGCGACACGACGGAGGCCACAGCCAGGGCUAGCGAUGCGAGCCAUGGCAUGACGGGCAUGACGCCCCAAGAACAGAUUGCUGCCGAUUUGAAGGGUCAGCUCUGUGAAAGCCAAGAAACCGUAGCAGGCCUCGAGGAAUCAUUCCAAGCAGUGCAAUCCCUUUGCUUGGAGACAGAGGCGCGCAUCCAAGAGAUGCUGCACGAUUCCACCAUUGAAGAUCAAGCUGUUCGAAAGGACGAAGACAUCCAAGCUCAGGCAGAGCUCUUGGACGAGACCAGGAAGCUGGAUGAGACUCGCGACAGGAUCGAGCAAGUCCAGAAGCUGCAAAGUAUCGCCCAAUGUCUCGCAGCUGAACUGCGCAAGUCAGGCUCUCUUGUUUCCGACACUGCUUCAACAGCCUUACCUGUCACCCGCAGUGAGGUUUUGGAUGGACUUUUGUCGGAGGAGCAUCAGCUCCAGGCCGAGUUCUCCGCCUGCCGGCUUGAUGCAGGAAGGGUCGAGGUGCAGGUGAAGCACCUUGAGGAGGAGCUCGAGCAGGUUCGAAAUAAAGCGCAAGAAGACGAAGUCAGGAGCUUCCGCAGCUUCCUGUGCAUGUCUUCUUUGGCGAGUUGUGUCACUGGAAUUCCAACAGGACAGGCAUAA